CACAUAUCUCAUCAGCUUCUGUUCACUAUGGCUUCUGGACUGCAUCACAUGUCCCAGGCUGCGUCGGGUUCUACCCAGCUCAAGACCCAGAUGGACCCAACCUUGCAAGCACAAGCUACGGCACUGAGACUGUUAGCUGCCCGUGCGGACAAGCUUAGGGAUUCCAUCUUGAAUCUGCUAAACAUCAUUCAGCAAGACCCGGUUGGGGAUCGGACGAGGCAGAGUAUACUACCAUGGCCAAACCUCCUGGAAUGGUAUCAAGAGAUCUUCAAACAAGUGCAAGACUUUUCCCUCUUCCUCCGAAACCCUCGACUCCUCCCCUCUGGCCCUACGAACAGCUCGGCCCUCCCCAAUCUGUUCGAGACGACCUUUGUCCAACCGACACCUUCCAGCUCGACUCGGAACGAAACCUCCAGCCUAUACACACAGGGCGAUCCUCCUUUACGUUCCAUCCCAGAAAACAACUACUCGGCCGAGCGAGCUUCUCUUUACGCCUAUUACACCUCCGAGCUGGAAGCACUACAAAAAGACCCCUUGAGCCUGGGUUUCGUCCCUGACGAAGAACUCGGAAGGCUUCUGUAUGAAGGAGAACGGGAUAAGCUGAAUCUACCUGGGAUCUACCGGAACGUUACCGAGGCCGUGGACGUGGUCGGGGAGAGGUUGGCCAAGGCGAAAGGGAUCGUAAAAGGGUUGGAAAGCAACUUUGAUUGGAAGUUACGGUUGGGGGAGAUUUACGCGAGCGAUGAUGACGAAGAAGAAGAUAAAGACGAAGAUGAGGAUGGGAGUGGGGAUGCCGAUGGGAGUGACGAAGAAGUUCAGGUAGUCGCUGCGCCUUCUCCGAGCACGGCGAUCCCUUCUUCUGCAGUACCUACAAUAUCUUCGUUCACUUCAGCGUCAGCGAUAUCAUCAGCGGGAUCAUCAUUACGGACACCCGCUCUGCCUUCAGCUCAGGACGCGGAGAUCAGCAUCAUCCCCAAUCCAGCCUCUCAACCUCAGCCUCAACUUCAACUUCAACCUGCAUCUCGACUACAAGCACAAACACAAGGAACUUCUUCCGCCGCUCCUAUCAACCUGGACCUAUCCGAUGACGACGACGACGACGAAGACAUGGAGAUGAACCCCGUCCCCAUCCCCGCUCUUAAUCCCCUCGCCAUCCCUGGCAAUUCCGUAUCCACCUCGAACGCCCCAUCACCGGCAGUUUCGAUCCAUUCGUCACCCCUCUUUGGAACGGAAGAUGGGACGGGCACUGCUCAGGGCAGUCCGGACGUUCUUGCCGAGGGCGGUCAGGCUGGAAUUGGGAGUGCUUUGGGUAGUGCAGGGCAGCAGGAUGAUGAUGACGAGGAUGAGGAUAUGGAAGAGGUGGACGCAUGAUCUGUCAAAUACCACAGGCGUGGAACUUUUCCAAACGAUGUUGCGAUAC